CUGAAAGUAAAAAAGGAUUACAAUUAGGGAAAGAAUAUCAAAAUGUCAAUUGCAAAGAACAGGUACUGGAUUCUGAGGCAUGGCAAGAGCAUUCCCAACGAGCGAGGCAUCAUCGUUUCCUCCAUGGAAAAUGGUACUCGCCCCGAAUUCCAAUUGGCCCCCGACGGUGUUCACCAGGCACAACUAGCUGCACAAUUGUUCCAAAAGGAACUAGAGGCCAAAAAUAUACCGCUUGCUGAUGUUCGCAUUUGCUAUUCUCCAUUUUCAAGAACAAUACACACCGCUAAUCUUGUUGCUUCCUUCCUCAAUCUUCCUUUUGAUGGUCCCCAGUGUAAGGUGAUGGAAGAUCUUCGUGAACGCUAUUUUGGUCCCUCAUAUGAACUCUUAUCGCAUGAUAAAUACGAAGAAAUUUGGGAUAUUGAUGGAAAAGAUCCACUUGUUGUUGGGCCAGGAGGAGGAGAAAGUGUCAAGGAUGUUGCGGGUCGACUGGCAAGUGCUAUGGCCACUAUUGAAUCAGAAUUUGAAGGAUGUGCAAUAUUGGUAGUCAGCCAUGGAGAUCCCUUGCAAAUAUUGCAAGCAAUUAUGCAUGCAGCUAAUGAACAUAAGGAACCCACCUAUAAUGACCUAGCAUCAAUAUUAAAGGAAGUUCAGGUGGCACCCGUCCUGUCCCAGCACCGCAAAUAUGCGCUGCAAACCGGAGAGCUCAGGGUACUCAUUUGAGAUUUUAGGUCUAUGAUGGUUACAAAAAAGAGUCAUGUGAGAUCCCUUUAUGAAUUCGUUUCAAAAUACAAACAGCUCUCCUGUAAUAUUUUAGGAACAGGGAUCUGAAUCCGUUUUUGUGCCUGUCAUUUAUUACUUUAUUGAUUAUUCAGCAAAUAAUUUCAAUCAGAAAUAACAUGAUAUCUGAUGUGAAUUUCAAACAAGGACUCACGGCUGAACAUGUCACUAAGUCCAUGCUUCUGAACAUUUAGCAAUUGGAGAGUGAAAAAUAAUAUGUCUAUGAA